AAGAUUAUGUGAUGAUCAACUGUGAUGGACUUGGCUCUUUUCAACAAUGAGAAGAUUCAAAGCAAACCUAAUAAAUUUGUGAUGGAAAGUGCUAUCUGCAACUAGGGAGAGAACUAUGAAGACUGAAUGUGAUUCACAACAUAUUUUCACCUCUUUUUGUUAUUUUGCUUUUUUUCCCCCAUUCUCAUUUUUUCCCCCUUUUUGAUCUGAUUUUUAUUGCACAGCAUGAUAAAUGUGGAAAUAUGUUUUUAAAAAUUCCAUAUGUUUAACAUAUUGGAUUACUUGCUGUUUAGCAGAGAGUGUGAAGGGAGGGAGAAAAUUUGGCACACAGGGUUUUUCAAGAGUGUAUGUUUAUGUGCAUACCCUUUGUUCUAGCAGUGCUACUACUGGGCUUAUACUCCAAAGAGAUACUAACGAAGGGAAAGGGUCCUGUAUGUGACAAAAUGUUUGUAGCAGCCCUGUUUGUAGUGGCUAGAAGCUGGAAAAUGAAUGGAUGCCCAUCCAUUGGAGAAUGGCUGGGUAAAUUGUGGUAUAUGAAUGUUAUGGAAUAUUAUUGUUCUGUAAGAAAUGACCAGCAGGAUGAAUACAGAGAGGACUGGAGAGACUUAUAUGUAUUGAUGCUGAGUGAAAUGAGCAGAACCUGGAGAUCAUUAUAUACCUCAACAAGGAUACUGUAUGAGGAUGUAUUCUGAUGGAAGUGGAUCUCUUCAACAAAGAGAAGAUCCAAUUCAGUUUCAAUUGAUCAAGGAUGGACAGAAGCAGCUACACCCAAAGAAAGAACACUGGGAAAUGAAUAUAAACUGUUUGAAUUUUUGUUUUUCUUCUCGGGUUAUUUAUACCUUCUGAAUCCAAUUCUUCCUGUGCAACAAGAGAACUGUUCGGUUCUGCAAACAUAUAUUGUAUCUAGGAUAUACUGCAACAUAUCUAACAUAUAUAGGACUGCUUGCCAUCUAGGGGAGGGGGUGGAGGGAGAGAGGGGAAAAAUCGGAACAGAAGUGAGUGCAAGGGAUAAUGUUGUAAAAAAAUUACCCUGGCAUGGAUUCUGUCAAUACAAAAUUAUAAUUAUAAGGGGAAAAAAAAAGAAAGGAAAAAAAGUGUGUUUAAAAUUAUCUUUGCGUGUAUUUUGAAAAAAUAAAAAAGCCAUUAUUAUUAACUUGCACUGUGCAUAUUUUAGAUUAGCCUCUUAAAGUUAAUCAAGCUAUAUGUAAAUGAAGGGAAAGGCGCGAGGGGUGUGGUUGCAAGAGAAUACUAAGGCUAUUACCUCCUCGUUCUCUAUGCCCUCUCCCUUUUUCUCCAGGCUCUACUAAUGAGGUGCUCUUCUUUUUCAAGACCAUCCCCUUGAUCUUUCUCCAGCGGAUUGCUUUUGUGCUUAUCCUGACUUACUGGGCAAAUAUUUAAACACUACUGUGUGAGAGAGAAGGGGAGGAAGAGGAUUCUGUACGGUUUAAGAAACUUGCACAACACGGUCAAUCUCUUCGCUGUGUAACAACAGGAAAUGGGUUUAUAGCCCAGGAUGAAAGGAAGGGAGUAGGUUAAACUGAGGGCGUGACUGCUCAGACAGCCCGGAGAGGUAAAAGACGAGCGGCGACGCUCACGCACAGCGCGUUUCCAGAGGAGUCCGGAAGAACCGCUCGCUUUUUUCUCUCCCUAGGGCCGCCAAUUCCGAGUCCGCUCACCCAGCACCAGUCCCGCCCAGCUAUUAGAGCAUCUCUCGUAGGCCAGAAUUGUUGGCUGGUCCUUCAUUCAAAUGCUUCCCCCGGAAACAGCUCCUCAGUGCCACUCCGCGUUCCGCUCUUUUUCUCCAUAAUGUAUAGCUACUGCUCUCCGUCUUGUUAGCUUCCCGACCCCUCUGCGCGUGCUGACCUCGGGUUUCCGGUUUGUCCAUGCACUUAAAACCGGGACUUUGGGCACUGAACAUUGAAAUUGGCUUGGAGGUGGUGGAACGUUUGGUUAAAGAUGGAAAAGCUUGAAGCUUACUAUUUGUCUGCAGCCCUGAGCUGCACUUUGCUAGUCUCUUGCUUGCUUUUCUCCAUCAUAAACCGGGCGCUGCGGGAGCCCUACAUGGACGAGAUUUUCCAUUUACCACAGGCCCAGCGCUUCUGUUGGGGCUCCUUCCAGUGGGAUCCCAUGAUCACUACACUACCCGGUUUAUACUUGGUUUCUAUUGGAAUUGUAAAACCUGCCAGUUGGAUUAUUGGAUGGUCUCAACAUGUGGUCUGCUCCAUAGGAAUGCUCAGAUUUGUUAAUCUGUUCUUCAGUAUUGGCAACUUCUAUUUACUCUAUUUACUUUUUUGCAAGUUACAGCAGAAAAACAAGGCUGUCUCAGGUAUCCAGAGAGUUUUGUCAGCUUUAACAGUGGCAGUUUUUCCUACACUCUAUUUUUUUAAUUUUCUCUAUUAUACAGAAGCAGGAUCUGUGUUUUUUGUUCUUUUUGCUUAUUUGAUGUGCCUUUAUGGUAAUCAUAAAACUUCAGCCCUACUUGGAUUUUGUGGCUUCAUGUUUCGCCAGACAAAUAUUGUUUGGACUGUGUUCUGUGCAGGAAAUGUUAUUUCACAAAAGUUAAUGGAGGCUUGGAAGAUAGAGCUACAAAAGAAGGAAGAGAAACUUCCAUCCAACCAAGGACUGCUUUCAGAAUGUAAGAAGAUGCUGUUCUUUCUUUUUAAUUAUGCCAUGAACUUUAGGAACUUGAGUGUACUUAUUGGUUUAACAUGGCCUUAUAUCCUUUUAAUAAUCGCAUUUAUUGCUUUUGUAAUUUUUAAUGGUGGAAUAGUUGUUGGUGAUAGGAGUAACCAUGAAGUCUGCAUGAAUUUUCCUCAGCUAUUCUACUUUUUUUCUUUUACUUUAUUUUUUUCUUUCCCUCACCUGUUGUCCCUUGCAAAAAUUAAAACUUUUCUUCAUUUGGUAUGGAAACACUGGGGGGAAUUUGUGGUACUUACAGCUGUCUCCCUGUUUUUAGUCUGGAAAUUCACUUAUGUUCAUAAGUAUUUGCUAGCGGACAACAGACAUUAUACAUUUUAUGUAUGGAAAAGAGUCUACCAGAGACAUGAAUGUGCAAAAUAUUUGCUAGUUCCUUGCUAUUUGUUUGCUGGUUGGAAUAUUGCUGAGUCAUUGAAAUCCAAAUCCAUUUUCUGGAAAAUGGCAUUUUUCAUAUGCAUAUUUGUAGUCACAGUUUCUCAAAAACUUCUUGAGUUUCGUUAUUUCAUAUUGCCUUAUAUCAUCUAUAGACUUAAUCUUCCCAUGCCACCCCUGCCCAAACUUCUUUGUGAAUUAGGUUUUUAUAUCAUUAUUAAUUCUGUAACAUUUCAUCUCUUCCUGAACAAGACAUUUCAGUGGCCAGAUAAUGUUGGUAUUCAAAGGUUUAUGUGGUGACCAAAUUAGUAUCUUGCUUCAUAUAAACAUAUUUAUAUUUCAAACUUUUCCCCAGUAAAGACAGGACUUUGUUUAGUAGCAAGCCAAUUGGUGUUCAUGUGAUUAGAAGCAAUUGUGAAAUCUGAUUUGUUCAACAUGAUGAAAUAUUAAAUUAAUCCAAGUCCUUAAAGCCCUUUCACUUACAUUAAUGAAUGAGUCAAGGAUGUCCAAAAAUUAUGAAAAAGAAUGGAAAAUAAGAAAAGUUUAUAUUUAUUUUGACCUAUCUUAAAAAAAUGAACAAACUUUUUCUAAGAAGACUUAGAAAUUUCUUUUAUAUAUAUCCUAUAUGUAGGAUGAUUAUACCUCAGUGAUCCUAAAAGUUAUUUUAUUUUUAUAUCCACUAAAAUAGCAAAAGAAAAGAAACUUCAAAUCUUUGCAAGUGAUUAGAUUGUGGAUAACUUAAGAGGCUUCAAGUAUUUCAACACCUAUUCAGUGUUUAUCCCAUUAGAGAAUUAUGUCAAUUUAAAGGAGGUUUAGGAAUCAGAUUAUUACUUAGUUUAAUAUAUAUAGCUCAGACCUCUGACAUAUUCUCAUUUUGAAAAUAAGUGUCAAGACUAAAGCUAAAUUGCAUUGAUACUAAUGCUUAUUAAAAGGGGGGGAAGGAUCAUUGAUAUGCAUUACCAAAGAAGUCUUAAGAAUCAAUCUCUUUAUAAGAUUUUUAAAAGGACAGUAGUUUCCUUUCAUGAAUCAUUUAGUUGCAACAUCCCUAGGAGAAGAAAUAUGUAGACAAGAUGAGUUUUUGAAGACCUUUUGAUUUGGCAAUUGUAUCUUAACCUGGGAACUUAUAAAGCCUAGUUUUAACUAGUAGUUAUUUUAGUUUUUUCUGAGUUUUUGACUCAACAUAUGUAUAAAUCUUUUUGCAUUAUUGUUUUAAACCAUUAUCACAUUUUCCAAAUGGUUUGUGGGGUUUGUUGGAUGGAAAAAUGGCUGUAUUUUUUAUAACUUGUAUUAUCUUCCUAUGAGAGAUUUUUUUCACUUCCCCUUUUAGUUAACAAUUGAGUUUGGAAGGGAUUCUGCAUUUAUUACUGCAGGUUUAUUAUUUUUAAAUAAAGAAAUUUGGGUUUUCAUUAACAUGAAAAAUGGAAUUAUUUUCAUAGGAUAUAUCAUAUUAUCAGUCCAGGUAUAAAUUAGCAUAUUUCAGGGUUUUCUGUGGUAUGGAGGUAACAAAAAUCUCAUGAAAAGAUAUUAAAAGAUUAUGUUUUCACCAUAUCUACCAUAUGUCAAUAAAUCUUCAAAAUCUGAAUCUUAAAAAUACAGAA